AUGGCGGCCGCGCGCUGCCUGAGCUGUCCGCUGUCACCACUGUGGAGACUGUGGCAGGUCCGCGGGUUGCCACAAAAUUCAGCCCCGGGCUUGUGCUUGCGAGGGAGGGCUUACUCUCGCAGCGCCCUCUAUGAGCUGCUGGGCGUCCCUUCCACGGCCACGCAGGCACAGAUCAAAGCGGCGUACUACCGGCAGAGCUUCCUCUACCAUCCGGAUCGCAAUCCCGGGAGCACCGAGGCCGCCGAGCGCUUCACGCGCAUCUCCGAAGCUUAUCUGGUCCUGGGCAGCACCGUCCUCCGUCGCAAGUAUGACAGAGGUCUGCUCACCGACCAGGACCUACGCGGACCCGGUGUCAAGCCCUCUAGGACACCCCCGGCCGACCUCACGCCUCCCCGCCCUCCCCCCUAUAGCCCUCGGGCCUCUCCCGGCGACCGUCGCACUAUGUUCGACUUUGACGCCUUCUACCAGGCGCACUAUGGAGAACAGCUAGAGAGAGAGCGGCGUCUGCGCGCCCGGAGGGAAGCCCUUCGCAAAAAGCAGGAGAGCCAGGCCAACAAGGGGCUCCGAUGGGACGAUACCCGAGAUGCCACCUUCUUUGUCCUCCUUUUCCUCACCUUCGUCUUCGUCGGUUUUCGUAUUUAAUCGGAGAAAAGGGGGGAAGGGGAACGAGCCCAAGAAAUUUGCUUUUUUUGACCUUUGAACUAUUACGGGUCAUGGAUUGAACUGAGUGCCUCUAGUGGCGUCCUCUUGACUGUCCUAACAACUUCCCAGCCUGGCCGGUCAUCACAUAUCCUUCUAUAGUUCAGAAAAGAAGCUCUUUCCUGGACAAGAAAGAGGCCCCGGGAUAAAGAUACCCGGAAACCAGAAAUUUAUGUGCUUUCCAGAGUUCCCUGGGUGUCUGCUUGUUUCUAGAAGUUGCCUUCCAGAUGUCAACUCCCAGAACAAUUGCUUUGGUUUUAUCCAGAAGCCCUGAGCAAGUUUUGUCUUGCCCUCUGCCUCGUGUUUAUACCAUGGGGCAGCACUUCCUCUGUAACCUUUGAACUGUGCAAUAUCUGUGACUGCUGCCAAAAAGAUUAAUUCUUGGGGCUUGCAUGAAACUUGUCUUUCUGUUUUACCCCAAGCAAAAGAUGAGACUUAAUCAACGGUCCAGUAGACGCUGGGGAUGAGCCGGCUCAGUGAGAGGUUGCUAGCAUACAGGAGGCACUGGUUUAGUCCCUAUCAUUGCUGUUGCGUAGUGUGCCCCCCUUCCCAGCUGAGAAAAAAGUUAAUGAAAGGUUGUCAUUUUCUCAGGUCUGUUUCACACCACCACUGUCGUGUGGCAGAGAGAAA